GAAAGGACUAUAAUAGGAGUAAUAUAUUCAUGCGCAACUGAACCCAUUCUCAAAACUCCUCCCUUGCUCAACAGAUACAUAUUAUCAAAGCAUUAUUUUCCUGCAAGGUAGAACUGAAACCUAUAUACUUGUGUAACACAUUUGUUGCAGUUCAUAGAUGGCAGAGAAUCUUGUUUCGAGUUGGUCUGAUGGUAAAACAUUGCCUGAAAGUUACGUAUUUCCACCUGAAAAAAGACCCGGGGAGAACAUUGUUCCAACAUCUAAGAGUGUUCCAGUCAUUGAUCUUGGCAAUGUCAAUCGCGGAGAAACAAUUCAAAAGAUUAUAGAGGCUAGCCAAGAGUUUGGAUUCUUUCAGGUGAUUAACCAUGGAGUGCCGAGAAAAGUAUUUGAUGAUACGAGAGGAGCUUUUAAAGAAUUCUUCGCGCUUCCUAUGGAGGAUAAAGCAAACUUGUACUCUUUGGAUGUUAGUCGCAAAUGCAUACUAUACACGAGCAAUGUUGAUUAUGAUAAAGAAGAGAUUCACAAUUGGAGGGAUUCUUUAAGACUUGUGUGUAGUCCUUUGGAGGAAUGCAUCCAAUCCUGGCCUGAAAAACCUCAGGGAUGUAGGGAAGUUGUUGGAGAUUAUGUGAUGAAAGUUCGAGAGGUCGGAUCGAGAAUUUUGGAGCUCAUAUGUGAAGGACUGGGGCUUGAACCAGGAUACUUUGCAGGUGAAUUAAGUCAACUACAAAUUAUGUCUGUUCAUCAUUACCCUCCAUGCCCUGAUCCCAGUUUAACCUUGGGAACUAGAAAGCAUUGUGAUACUGGCCUCAUUACUAUACUACUUCAAGGGGAUAUCCCAGGGCUUCAAGUGUUGAAGGACGGUCAGUGGAUCGGCGUUGAGGCAAUUCCUGAUGCCUUAGUUAUAAAUGUUGGAUACCAAUUACAGAUCGUUAGCAAUGGAAAGCUACGUAGCGUGGAACAUCGCGUAGUAACGAACAAAGAUGUAGCUCGUUUUACUGCUGCGUUGUUCAUCGAGCCAACACGAGACUGCAUUGUAGAACCAGCCAAAGCUCUUGUUAGUGCAGAAAGUCCUCCACUUUAUAAGGGUGCACGAUUCGCAGACUUCCUUCAGACAUUCAGGGCAGCCUAUGUAGGCAAAAUUAAGGAUGUAAUGGAGCCUUAUAUGUUAAGAACUUGAAGGAUCUACAAAAAAAAAAAAUCGAAACAGUUGUUUUUUGUUUUUGUUUUGGCAUAAUAAAAGGCUUUGCUUGACGCCUAUGUAAUGUAAGAAAACUUACUUUUUAACGUUUCCUUGUACUACUACUAUUUGUUUAAAAGAAACUUUGUGUACAAGGUACAAAAGUAGUUGUUUUGUUAA